AGCGAACCGGCAGCCGGCAGACGCCCCCACCCACCCAGCACGAGACAGGCGAGAGCACCGAGCGACGUGCCGACGACAUGGGCGACGUCGCCGUGGCAGCGGGCGGGCUCUCCUCCCCGCCGACCCCGCCGCCGCCGGAGCUGGGCAUGGUGGCGCGCGCCGUGGAGCGGCUCGUGGCGCGGAACGACGCGCUGCUGCUGCUGGACGCGGAGCAGGGCGGCGGCGAGGGGAUCACCGGGAUGGCGGCGUUCGAGGGCACGGGCCCGCCGCGGAUCGGCGUGGCGCAGUACCUGGAGCGGGUGCACCGGUACGCGGCGCUGGAGCCCGAGUGCUACGUGGUGGCCUACGCGUACGUGGACCGGGCCGCGCACCGCCGCCCCGCGGCCGCCGUCGCGUCCAAGAACGUGCACCGGCUGCUCCUCGCAUGCCUCCUCGUCGCCUCCAAGGUCCUGGACGACUUCCACCACGACAACGCCUUCUUCGCGCGCGUGGGCGGAGUGAGCAACGCGGAGAUGAACAAGCUGGAGCUGGAGCUCCUCGGCGUGCUCGACUUCGAGGUCAUGCUCAGCCGCCGCCUCUACGACCUCUACCGCGCGCACCUCCACAAGCAGCAGGCCGACGGCCACCACGACACGUCCAUCAAGCCGGAUCAGGAGCCCUCGAGGGUCGACGGCGGCGAGGAGGACCACGACGAUGACCGGAUAACGCGGCUGCCGGAAGGCGUCUUGCGGUACGACUGGAGCCAGCAGGCGCCGGCGGCGAACGGCGGGCGGCGACACUCGUCGUCGCAGGCACCGUCGCGGUACUCCUAGGUAGCUUCUGCCUUCUGGGCUAGGCCACGUACAGCGAUCGAUGUGCACAUUAACUAACUGUAUACGUACUGCUCGGAUUCGAUGUGUAUGGACGGUGAGUGGAAUACAAACCUCCUCCCGUCGUUUUAAUUCCAGGCAGGAAUGAAGAUGUCACCGGUAAUCUAGACCUGUAAAAUAAAUACAGGUGUAAAAACUUACACCCAUUAUAAGAGGGUGUUUGUUUCCA